AUGAAACUUCACGCUCUUACCCCUUUCCUUUUUGCCCCUCUUGCAGCUUCGGCUGCUCUCCCUGAGGUCCACAAUGGAGUGGUCGACGCCAACAACGAUGCUACUCCCGCCAACGGAGCUCUUGAGAAUUUUGCUACCUACGCUGAUGUGACUACCCACAAGGCUAAUUGGGAUAAUGCUGUUACUCGUGUCUGCGACAGUUAUGAUUCCUGUGGAUAUGGCGAGCUUUGCGUUAAUGGAAAAUGUGUCGUCGGAAGCUUUCCUGAGCUUGCCACGCGUGACGAUGAAACCAACCUCGACACUGAGGGUGAACCGCGUCGCUGCAACAAUAUCAACCUCUGGUGCCCCCCUCAUCAGUUCUGCUACCGCAGCGUUUGCGUUAGUAUUGGUGCUCUCGGUGUCCGUGCUGAUGCCAGUCCUGUGUUGGUGGAGAAUGCCGCAGCAGAAUCCCUCCUGUGGCUUGAGCUCACUCAGCCUACCUGGGUUACGUUCCUAUGA